CCACCCCAGAACCUCCGCCGGGAGAUCCAGGUCCAUCGUCCUCGGGUGGACGAGGUCUUGGAACGUGCCGGAGCCGUCGCCUCCAUCAAAAGCCCGGAAGCCGAAGGGGUCCGACGUCUUCUGGAGCGCUUGGAGAUGACGUGGGGGGAGCUGCAGGAGCAGGCGGAGCGGCGGCAGCAAACCCUGGAUGCCACCUACCAGUUGGAGCAGUACUACUUCGCCGUGGCCGAGGUGGAGUCGUGGUUGGGCGAGCAAGAGCUGCUGUUGAUGAGCGAGGAGAAGGGGAAGGAUGAGCAGAGCACCCUCCAACUCCUCAAGAAACAUCUCCUGACGGAGCAAACGGUGGAGAACUACGAGGAGACCAUCGCCCAACUCUCCCGGCAAUGCCGUGCCCUUCUAGAGCUUGGCCAUCCUCAAAGCGAACAGGUCAGCAGGCGGCAGUCGCAGGUUGACCGGCUGUACGUGUCUCUGAAGGACCUGGUGGAGGAACGCAAGGCCAAGUUGGAGCAGCAAUAUUGGCUCUACCAGCUCAGCCGCGAGGUGGACGAGCUGGAGCAUUGGAUCGCCGAGAAGGAGGUGGUAGCCGGCUCACCGGAGCUGGGGCAGGACUUCGAGCAUGUCACGCUACUCCAGGAGAAAUUCCUCGAGUUCGCCAGCGAGACGGGCAACGUCGGGCAGGAGCGGAUCGCCGCCGUCAACCAAAUGGUGGAUGAGCUGAUCGACUACGGGCACGCCGACGCCGCCACCAUCGCUGAAUGGAAGGACGGAGUGAACGAAGCUUGGGCAGAUCUUCUGGAGCUGAUGGAGACCCGGGCCCAGAUGUUGGCGGCUUCUCAUGAGUUGCACAAGUUCUUCAACGAUUGCAAAGAGGUUUUGGGGCAAAUUGAGGAGAAAAGGCAACGCCUGCCCGAACUGGCAGCCCGUGAGGGCAGGACGUCGGCCGGCGCCUUGCAACGGGCGUUGGGUGCCUUCGAACACGACGUGGAGGUGUUGGUGACCCAAGUCCGGCAGCUACAAGAGGGUGCGGCACAGUUGAGGACCCUCUACGCCGGGGACAACGCCGAGGCCAUCGCCGGGAGGGAGCAGGAGGUGCUACGGGCGUGGAAGGAGCUCUUGGCGGCAUGCGAGGAGUGCCGGCUCCACGUCGCCAGCAUCGCCGAUAAGAUCCGCUUCGUCGGCACUGUGAGAGACCUUCUCGCCUGGAUGGACGGCGUCCUCUGCCAGAUCGGCGCCGGAGAGAAGCCCAGGGACGUCUCCUCGGUGGAGCUGCUGAUGAACGACCACCAAGGUCUCAAGAGCGAGAUCGAAGCCCGCGGCAAGAGCAUCGCCGCCUGCCUGGAGCUGGGCAAGACCCUCAUCCUCAGCAAGAGCCCGGCGGCCGACGAGAUCAAAACCCAUGUGGAGAAGCUGCUUGCGAAGAAGAAGGAGAUGAUGGAGAAGUGGGACAAGCACUGGGAAUGGCUGCA